GAACUCCCCUUGCAGCGGGGAGCUGCUGCUGAUCCCGGGCACGGAGCCGCGCCGGAGCCCCUGAGGAGCGGAGCCGCCCGAGGAGGAGGCGAUGGGCCAGAGGCUGGGCACGGCGCUGCUGCUCCUCACGCUGGGGUAUUUGGUCAGGUCACUGGCUUCAGAAACUAAAUGUGAAAACAUUUACCAAGGCUUCUCUGACUGCGUCUUAAAACUGGGGGAAAACAUGGCCAGCUACGAGGAGGACGACAGGGAUGAGGUGCAGGGGCUGCACACUGUUUGCGGAUAUUGGGAUGAAUUUCACAUGUGCGCCAUGACUGCUCUUUGGGAAUGCCAGAAGGAGGCAGCAAGUAUCUGGGAGACUUUGAAAAAGGAAUCUAGAAAAAUCAAAUUCCAAGGCAGCUUGUUUGAUCUCUGCAGUCCCAACAGCUCCCAGAGCUUCAGCUUGACAAAUGUUUCAAAUGUUGUUGUUUUAAGCAUCUCUCUGAUGGUCACUUGGCUUAAUUUGUAAAUGGAGCAGCUCUGAAAGUAUUGGAAUGAAGAGGUAUUAUCAGUGUCAUAAGUGUAGUUAUGAUCAGAAAUGUAGUAUUUCCAAACCUUUGAGAAAUACUGUGUAUGGUGCUGGAUGAACACUUGAUUUUAUUAUUCCAGGUCUGUGAGGCUCAGAAGAGCUCGGCAGCAUCUCCUUGGUUGCACUGUCUCUAAGUAACUUACAUGAUUAAUCAUAAACUCAGCACUUGCUUUAACGUGACAUUGUCCAGCUGCAAGCGCACCCACAGCUCCGACUGAUGGCGCAGAGUGCUGGAGGCUGUAGCCUGAGGGUCAAAGGACUGAGGAGAAAUUCAGGAUUAGUGCUAAACACUAGGUUCUUUUGCACUCUUUUCUAUCUAUAGUCACUGGAAGCGAAUCUGUUUAUUCAGCUGCCUGUUUCUGCCAGACAAAUGCUCCACUUUUUUUCAGUGGUGAUGGGCGGGAGGAAGCAAUUACUGGUGGUGUUUUUGAAGUGCAGGGAGAAUAUACUGAACCUGCCAAAGGCAGGAAGGAUUCCUUGUCAUGUUGCUAGUAGAAUCCUCCCCUUUGGGGAUGGUGAAGCCUCCCCUUGCAGAAUAAUCUCGGACAUGUCUGUUUCUUGUGAGAUGCACCUGGCUACCUGAGUGACUCUUGUGUUGUGUGUAAAUCCCUUUCAUAAGGAAACAAGAGAGAAAAACAUAAUGGGGAAAGGGGAAGAGUUGGGCUAGUGGCAAAAUAAAGAUUUAUAAUAGCUCUUUCAAAGCAAAAGUAUCCCAGGGGACACCUGUGAGCAGCACUGUGACUGAUUGUGUAAUUCAAAAAUAUCAAAUGUCCGUUGUAUAACCUACACCUGUCAAAUUGGAAAUAAUUUGUCCUGCUUUCUUGGUCUAUAGCACAGUCACUCCCUGUCUCUUCCUGUGCAGCCCAGACAGUUGUUCAUGUCACGGCUUCAACA